AUGUCAUCUAUGGCAACUACAAGUAACCAGGAUAGUAUUGGCGACGGUUUUAAUAUUAAUAGUCAAGUAAAGUCAGGCUUAGUUCAAGAUACAGAAAAGAAUUUUAUCCAACAGUCAGGCAAAGGAAAAGAGAAAGAAGUAGUGGUCGUGGUCGGGGAUAACUACGACACGAAUAUGUCGGCGGCUUCGGACGAGAAUAGGAGGUUAAGAGAGUCGUCAAGUUCUAGUAACGAAAAUGCAAGGGAAAUGGACGAGUCUAGUAACGACACGAGCGACGCAAGUAGUAGCGAUUCAAAGAAAAGUAAAAUUUCGUCAUCGUCUACAACAGACGCUUGGUUUCAAGAAUUUAACUCUAACGUCAAAGAAUUAAAUCAAUCAUUUGACGAAGAUGACAGUGAAACUCCCUACUCUGUUGAUCCCUUUCAAAAAUCUCAUCCUCCAUCACAAUCAAUCACCUCAAAGCAUCAUUCACACGCACAAACUAAUCAUCAUCCACAUCGUGCUACAUUUGGACGUGACAAUGUUGGCUCAGCGAGACAUGGUGCGCAUCAAGCACCAAAUACCGUGUCGGCUCCUAGUGAUUCGUAUCGAUCUGUGAUUGACGAUCUAACCUUAAAAAAUCAAAGAUUACGACACAAACUACGAAAAAUGGAAAGACUUCAUAAGAAAUCUUUGCACAAGGAAAAAUUAUUCGAAGUCCGGUACUUUCAGAUGCCUCGAAAUAAACGUCACGAAUUAGAAGAUUAUCUUAAAGAUUUUGCAGCCCAACUUCCAACGCCGCCAUCGAGCGGAGUAACCUCAUCGAGUGCCAACAGCACUUCGCGAACAUCAUCUGGUCCUCCAAGGGUGAUAGAUAAUGUACAAGUAAAAGGAAGCAAUAAAGCCAAAAUGAAACAAGUCGUACAAGCGAUCGAAAAAGUGUUCACCACGAAACCCUCGUACGAUGAUCACUAUCUAAAAGAUCAAGAAAAGGCAGAUCCGGAUGGCUAUGUAUAUCUUAAUUUACUAACAAAUAUGGCACAAUUACAUACAAUGAAUGUAACAUUACCACUUGUCAAACAAUCGAUACGAACAUUUUCAAAUUGUUUGGAGUUGAGUGAUGAUGGAACAAAAGUCCGGUGGCGAAGUGAAAUUGAUCCGAGUAGUGAAACUGUUCAGAAUGUUAUAGCAGCCACUCGAUUUCAUUCGCCUUCUGAAAGUUCUUCCAAUGCUACCUCUUCAUCACGUAAUACAACUAAUUCAAAUGUUAUCGCGGGAAAAUCACCAUCAAAUGGAUCACACACCACCGUCGGUUCUUUAAAGUCAUCUUCGAUCUCUCAUUAUCGUCCAAUUAGUGGGGUCGAGCAACCACAAGAAGGUCCCAUAAUUUAUUAUGAAGGUGGUGUAUUUUGUACUGACUUGAGUCGUGUCGCCGUAGAUUUUGGUGAUGAAUCGGCAUCCACGUCUCCAAGUGGAUUUCGAGCAACACCUUCGGAUUCUUCGGGAAUGGAAAAUUCUACGGCUAAUGGGUCACGUAAGGAGUCCUCUAACACGAGAGAAAAACGGCCGGUGUUACGAUAUGAGCGAGGAACCAAUAUUGUUUUGGGUUCUAAUCCACAGAUUUUGGCUAAUUAUCAAACAGAAGAGGAGACCAGUAGUGGACAAGAGGCGGACGAUGAAGAUUCUGCACAUCCAAUGUUAUUAUCUGAAGACUCGAAAAUACAAUUGACGGUCAUUGAGAGUGACAGUGUAAAUGGCACAGCAAACAACAACAGAAAAAAAGAUAAACCGGAAAAUACUCUAGGUGGUUCAUCAUUUACAGAAAAUACGGGAGAUGAAGGCAGUUCAAGUGGUGGGAGUGGUCGAGUUUCUUCUACUCACUCACCUUCCAGUGGAUAUUCUAAAAUCCCAACCACUCAAAUGUUAGCUACUUCUGGCACUUCAGGAGUUGUACCAGAGGAUAAUUUUACUGUCGUUGUGAAAACAUCUCAUCCUUGGUCAUUUAGUAAUAAUAAGUCUCCUCGCCGUCAUAAAUCUUCUACUAGCCCAUUGGAAUUGAUAAAAGACUUGAAUAUCAGUCAUGUUGAUAAUCCAUCUAAUAAACCACCACGUGCCAUUAGACGAAAUAAUAAAGAUUUAAAGCGACAUCAACGGCGUCAUUCGCAUUCUAUCGUCUCCACUGAACUAAUACAUCUUCCACCUUCACUUACACAUCAGAUAAUACCUCCUCCAUUAGCGGUGGAAUCAUGCAGAACAUCAUACACAAAUCUAUCAGCAUUAGGGUCAUCAGAAAGUGGCGGAUCGUCGGGCUAUGGAUCAUCCUCGUCGUCGCAAUCCCUCUCAGAAAUGUCCUACGAUCCAAUUUAUGCUCUAAAGAAUAAUACAAUUCUGGCACUUUCACGAAAUCGACGAGAAUCAUCUUCAGCCGAAGAUGAAGUCCAAGACAUGGAUCUUGACUCCCCAUCUAGUGAUUCUUCUACUCUCUGUCCGUACAUUAAUAUUGACGCGGAAGGGGAAGAGCAUGAAGAUGACGAAGACAGUGAAAUACAAUCGGGGUCGAGAGAUGAUCAGGAACCGACGAUACAAGAAGAUCAAGAUGGAUAUUAUCGUUAUCAUAAAAAUAAAAUAGAGGAAAGUCAGUUAGGUGUGAAUUUGCGAUUACGAGAAGCAGCAGCUAAAGAGCGACGGAGACUGGUGACUGAGAAAGAUGACGAUCCAGAUGUACAAAAAGUAAGGGUUAAAACUCGUCUCACUUCAAAUCCAGAAAGGAAUGAAGCAGCAAUAGCAGCUGUGCUUUCACGUGCUCAACAACAAUUACAGCAAGUGGCGCAAGAAUGGAAUACCUCGACACAAUUGCAACAAGCAUCAAAACAGAACUGGAAUACAUUAACACAAUUCCAUCAAAUACAACAAGAGCAACGACAGGCUAGCGAUGCGGUUCACACACAUGUUCAAACACAAGGAUCAUCAAUGACUAUAAAUGUUUCUGCGCAAAUUCAGCAAUUGCAUGAAUUGCAACAAAAAAAUCUGAAAGCAUUAGCAGAACAAUCACAUCAAUUACAAGCGGCACAACAAAAUUGGAAUGCAAGAAUGCAAACUCACCAAUCAAGGUGGAGUCUACCCAUUGGUAAUCCACCUGAACCGAUAUAUCCCUCUAUCCCGGGAGUUACCAGAAUACCUCCAGCGACGUCGAUGAUGAUGCAAGGAAGAACCGGGAAUAGUGGAGGAAGAGGAAAUACAUUUCAAUCAACAUUUGAAAACAAUCAAUCAUCGUAA